UUUAGUGGGCCCUGAAAGGUAAGCAUACAACAUGUGGCUGAUUUGGUUAGAAAGCAUUAGUUUUAUGCAUGCUGCACAAUAGAUGAUGAUGGAGACAGAUGGAGGUCAUGUUCAGUGUCUAUAUAAGAACAGCAGCCUUUCAACACAAACAGGCUUAACCAGAUGCCCUCCAGAGACAUCCUGCUAUACAGCCAGCUAUGUCUCCUGUGUAUGUUGUUGGCAUGCUGGGUAUUUUGAUGAAGGUAGCCAUGCCUAUGUGUGCACCCACUGAGUACACUAUUUACAUCGAGAGACAGGAGUGCAAUUACUGUGUGGCUGUCAACACCACCAUCUGCAUGGGCUUCUGUUUCUCCAGGGACAGUAAUGUGAAGGAGUUGGUGGGUCCUCGUUUCCUGGUUCAAAGGGGCUGCACGUAUCAUGAAGUAGAGUACCGGAUGGCCAUCUUGCCCGGCUGCCCUUCACAUGCAGAUCCUCACUUCAUCUAUCCGGUGGCACUUAGCUGUCACUGUAGCACAUGUAAUACCAACAGUGAUGAAUGUGCCCACAAAACCAACAACGCUGGCAUGAAGUGCUCCAAACCUGUCCGUCAUUUGUACCCCGACCCUGAAGAGAACAACUACAACCAGGCGUAUUGGGAACAGUACGAGUAAUGUUUGAUCAGUCCUUAACUAAAACUUAAAUUAAACAAAGUGUUUGUAGCAGCUUAGUGUGGACAGUUGUUGUUAUUUUUUUAUGUAAUCGUUGAGUAAACCUUAUGACACAAAGUUACUUAACACAUUAUGUUUGCUGCAUUUUAAGCGCAUGAUGUCUUUAAUGAGGCCAAAAGUGGUUAAAAAAAAGGUUUGGUUUUAAUGGGGUUUCAAAUACUUAUGCUUUUAUGGAUAAUAUCCAUUCUGUAAACUUUAGUGAUGUUUUAGUGUUUGAUUGGCAGUGCUUCUAUAAAAAAUAUACAGUGAUAAUCCUUCCAUUAAAAUACGUUUUUAUUAUUAUUGUUUAGUGUUUAUGGUUUAACAGUUUGCGUCUGUGUAAUUAUUCAUACUCUAGUGAGGUUUUACAGUAAACUGUAAAGACAAAGCUUGUCGUGCAAUAGAAGCAAAACGAGAGGUGAA